CAACGACAGACUCUUCCUGGCUAAGAAAAGAGAAACCCAACCGUUGGUAUGUUUGUGUUCUCACUUUUUUUCUCUAUUUUCUUCUUUUUAGCUUUUAUCGUUACGUUUGACAUAUCUUCUAAUUUUGCAAUGACUUAGUGAGAUAAGCUUUUUGGCUUGUUGAAUUUUCAUAGUCACUUGGUUGGUCUUCAGAGUGCUAGCUGUUAUGCCUUUUUGAAAUUUCUGCUCCAAAGACUUUUUAUUAUGUUGUUUUUUCUGUAAUAUUGAAUACUUUUUGAUGGAGUUUUAAGUUGACCGUUUGUGUCAAACACCAUUAAUUGCAUCUCAUAGUUUUGAUGUUAAAUAGUAAAACGUUACAGAUAUUUUUUGUUUAUAUACUUUUUGUCAACAGGAUAAUUAUUAGACGUAUACAUGCAUUUUCAUUGUUGGCAUAUUCUUUUCUAUCUUUUAAUUAAACCAUCGUCACGUUUUAUUAUUUGGUCAUUCAUUUGAUGCUUGUCAAGUUAGAUUCGUUGACUACAACUCUUAACAGGAUAAUGAUGAUUGAGAAGUAAAACACAUUUUUGGUGCUUACAUGAAAUUUUUGUUACGUAAUUAAUUUUACAUGUAUGUCAAGUGGAUAUAGUUUACUUACACGUCUGAACACAUGAUAUCCGUGGUAUCAUAUUUCAACAAAACUUAUACACAACUAAUAUUCAAUUUUGAAUUUGCAUGUGUUGAUAUACUUUAAAAUAAGUCGAUUACUGAUACCAAUCAAGAAAAACAAAACCCUUGAGUCCGUGACAGAAAGCCACUACAAAUUAAUGAAAAUUCAUACUUUAAUCCACUUGUUGUUGCAUAAGUGUAUUCCAUAAUCGAGUAGCAUUGAGCAAGUAUGGUUGUUGGCUUUUAAAGAUAUGUACCCAUAAACAAUACAAAAGUGACAGUUAAGAAGAUAUAUACACAAAUAACAUGACAGCAACUGAGAAACCAAAAGGAAGAUAAAAAAAACAAAUUUAGAUUAAUAUCACAUAUUUGAUUCCAUAAUCGUAUUUAACAACAGUUGAAUAGAGUAAUGAUACAAAUAUGUGUUUACAUAUAUAGACUUUUAAGAUAGUCUUAAGAAAGUUUGGUGGGUUGGAGUUGUCUCAGCCUACUUUCUUGGAGGACUGUUUGUUACAUUAUCACCAAUUAAGUAGUCAGCAACCAUUUUAACCCGUUUUAUCCCAGUAUGAUUCUGCAAUUUAAACCAAAUUAAAACUGACCUAAACUUGUUUUAGAAUUUUGCCAUUUGGAACGGUCCCGUUGGCUUUAAACACCAUAUAUAAUAUAUAAAAUUGUACAAAUGUGACAAUGAUUUCUAUGAAGUUAAUCACAGGCUACAUGACAGCAAAUUUGUAUGACCUACACACGAUGUUAACGGAUCGUUCUUAUUCUAAAAAAAGUAUGAGAUAUUUUGAUGCGGUAGCAAGAUUUUCACAACACGUUGAGACUGACAUAAAGAAUUGUGACAAUCUCUCUAAUAAGAGAGGAGAAUCAUGCAGUAUAACAUAACAGCAAAUACAAUAUUCGAGGAUAAUAUAAUAACAAGAAAGAGAAGACUUAUGACUUGUGAGUCUGUGACGGUAUGCAUAUUAUAUAUUCAACUAAGGCGCCACAUAAAGCAGAAGUAGCGUUUGUUGACCAAUGACUUGAUGACUCAGGAGCAUGUGAACAUACAAAGAGACGUGUGUGCAUCCAAUUGGCUGCAAACGGUUUCUCUUUGUGCUUCACUGCCUCUUCUUCUAUAUAAAGAACUAAACACCCAAUGGUCUCUUUAAUUAAGUGUUCCCUUUUAACUCGUUAUAGAAAAUUACUUUUACAAUUUAGUAUCUGAAGAGAUCUUAAGUAUGGCCGGAGGAGGAUUCGCGACGGCGACGGCAAACGGAGUGGAGUUUGAGGCAAAGAUAACUCCAAUAGUUAUCAUCUCUUGCAUCAUGGCUGCUACCGGCGGUCUCAUGUUCGGCUACGACGUUGGUGUCUCCGGCGGAGUGACAUCGAUGCCGGACUUUCUGAAGAAGUUUUUUCCGGUGGUUCACCGAAAAGUAGAAGCCGGAGCCGACAAAAACAGCAACUACUGCAAAUACGACAACCAAGGACUACAACUCUUCACAUCAUCUCUAUACUUAGCCGGUCUAACCGCAACGUUCUUCGCUUCAUACACGACGAGAACGUUAGGACGAAGACCAACCAUGCUUAUAGCCGGCGUGUUCUUCAUCAUCGGUGUGGUUCUCAACGCCGCGGCUCAAGACCUAGCCAUGCUCAUUGCAGGGAGGAUAUUGCUUGGUUGUGGAGUUGGGUUCGCUAAUCAAGCUGUGCCUUUGUUCUUGUCGGAGAUUGCACCUACUAAGAUCCGUGGUGGUCUUAAUAUUCUGUUUCAACUUAACGUCACUAUUGGAAUCCUCUUCGCUAAUCUUGUCAACUAUGGUACCGCCAAGAUCAAGGGAGGAUGGGGAUGGAGACUAUCCUUAGGUUUGGCCGGAGUCCCGGCGCUUCUACUGACGGUGGGAGCUUUGUUGGUGACGGAGACACCAAACAGUCUCGUUGAAAGAGGUCGUCUUGAUGAAGGCAAAGCCGUUCUUCGUAAGAUUCGAGGUACUGAUAAUGUGGAGCCAGAGUUUGCUGAUCUUCUUGAAGCUAGCCGCCUUGCUAAAGAAGUCAAACACCCUUUUAGAAACCUUCUUCAACGUAGGAAUAGGCCUCAGCUUGUCAUUGCCGUCGCUUUGCAGAUCUUCCAACAAUGCACUGGAAUCAACGCCAUCAUGUUCUACGCUCCUGUUCUUUUCAGCACUUUAGGUUUUGGAAAUGACGCUGCUCUCUACUCUGCAGUGGUCACUGGUGCAGUCAACGUGCUCUCCACGUUAGUCUCAAUCUACUCCGUAGACAAAGUCGGUCGUCGUGUUCUUCUCCUUGAAGCUGGUGUCCAAAUGUUCUUCUCUCAAGUCGUGAUCGCCAUAAUACUCGGCAUCAAAGUCACAGACCACUCACAAAACCUCUCCAAAGGGUUUGCGAUUCUAGUCGUGGUGAUGAUCUGCACGUACGUAGCUGCUUUCGCCUGGUCUUGGGGACCGCUCGGGUGGCUAAUCCCUAGUGAGACUUUCCCUCUAGAGACACGUUCUGCUGGACAGAGUGUGACGGUCUGCGUCAACCUCCUCUUCACUUUCAUCAUCGCUCAGGCUUUCCUCUCGAUGUUGUGUCAUUUCAAGUUCGGGAUAUUCAUCUUCUUUUCUUCGUGGGUCUUGGUGAUGUCCUUCUUUGUGAUGUUCCUCCUUCCUGAGACCAAGAACAUUCCUAUCGAGGAGAUGACUGAGAGAGUGUGGAAGAAGCACUGGUUCUGGGCUAGGUUCAUGGAUGAUCAUCACGAUGAUCAAGUGUUCGCGACUGGUCAUGUAAAUGGUAAGAAGAGUAACGGUAAAUCUAACGGAUUUGACCCUUCAACGCGGCUCUAAGCAAAACUAGAAGCGAGAGAAACACCAGAGAGUUGUAAGAAAUAUACAGUUUUUGUACACUGCUUAAUGCUUCAAACUGAGUUUGUGUAUAGGUAAAGUACUUAAUGUUUCAUCCAACAUGUGUUCUGUUCUGUUUCUUUUUUUGUUUCUUAAAGAGAGUGACAUUGUAUAUUUCAAAGUCCAAAGUUGUAUUGUUGAAUUUCUACAAAUAGAUGUAGACUAUAUUAAUGGGUCGAA